CUGUUAUCAUGUGUAUUCAAAUGUUCAAAAUAAAUAUGUUAAGCACGAUUGUAUUCAAUUUAUAAGACGUUUAUUUUAUUGUUUUUAACUUUGUUUAUUGUAUUAAAAAUGCCUUUAAUAUUGAUGGUUGGUCUACCGAGUAGUGGCAAGACGACAAGAGCUCGUGAGAUCCAAAAAUACUUUACGGAACAACAACACAGAGAAGUUAUCUUAAUAUCGGAUAACGAAAUUAUAUCAAAUAUGAAUAUAGACAAAAAUGUUUUGUAUUUAGAAAUGAAGAAAGAAAAAGAUCUCCGGUCAAAAUUGCAUUCUGAUGCAUUAAAGAGUUUAACAAAAGAAAAUGUUGUAAUAUUGGAUUCUGGAAAUUUUAUUAAAGGAUUUAGAUAUGAAUUGUAUUGUUCUUCUAAAAGUUUGAGCACUCCAAAGUGCUUAGUUGUGUGUGAUAUUUCAACUGAAAAAGCUUGGGAGCUGAAUGAAAACAGAACUGAACAAGAAAGAUAUGUGAGGAAAACAUUUGAUGACCUUGUUAUGAGAUAUGAAGAACCAAAUCAUUCUAAUAGAUGGGAUUCGCCAUUGAUAAAUUUACAAUUGGAUGACACUUUGCCAGCCGAAGAGAUACGAAAAGCAAUUUUUGAUGUUGCUGCUCCUGUACCAAAUCAAUCAACAAUAAAUGCACCAUUAAAUUCAAGUUCUUAUUUGUAUGAUUUAGAUCAAAAAACUCAAGAGGUAAUUAACUCAAUUAUACAGUUAAAGAAACAAGGCGUGGAAGGAGAAAAUAUUGAAUUAGUUGAUUAUGAAGGAAAAUAUCUGAACAAAUUGGAUAAGAGUGUCUCAUUAGUGCAGCUUGCUAAGUCUAGAAAACAGUUUUUAUCGUAUGCCAAAAGCCAUGUUUCAGUUACAAAUGACCAAACAAAUAUUGUUAACAUGUUUAUACAAUUCCUAAAUAAGACUGUUACUUGUUGAAAAACAUUAUUAUUAUUUAUUUAUUCAUUGGAUGAGAUAUGACCAUAGGAUCCUUCUCUAUGUUUAUGAUGACAUCUUGGCAACUUGCUUUAUAUCUAGCGCCACUCUGUAAGAAGCUCAUGCACAAAAUGUACUCCCAUAGAAUGGAUGGAUCUUUGUGAGGAUUAAACUAUUUAUUAGCAAUGGUUGUAUUUGAUUGUUUGUAUUGUUAAUGAAUAAAAGUUCUAUAAAUAAUA